AAUGCUGGUAAAAAGGAGACUUCCGGUGGAGGAAGAGAAAUACGUGAAAGAAACCGUCAUUCAGUUCUUACCUUUGUUUUAGCGUCUCAGGUCUCGGAAUCAACCGUGUUGAAAGUGUAUCUGUUAUCUGAUGAAAAAAGAAGUGUAUAUUGAGUGUAGUCGUGAGUUUGUUACCAGGCAAGAAUCAAAUUUUGAGAUGGAGUAUUUAUUAUGAAAGUUGGUUUCUUCUUCUUAUGGGCUGGGCAUCUAUAUUUAUCUCGGUAGUUUACGCUCACGAGCUUUUUCUAGCCCUUGAGCCGGGGUUGAGCCAAAAAAUGAUCUGGUAAUCAAAAUCUUUGCUGAAGAUAUUUCUUCUUUAAAGUUUCUCACAACCAUGGAAGAAUGGAUGCUGAAUGAUCUAUUGGAAUGUUCUGUAUGCCUAGAACGGCUAGACAUUUCCAGUAGGGUUCUGCCUUGCCAGCACACAUUUUGCAAGAAAUGUUUAGAAGAAAUCAUCACCACUCAAAAAGAAUUAAGAUGCCCAGAAUGCAGAGUUCUGGUUUCAACAAAGCUGGAAGACCUGCCACCCAAUGUUCUACUCAUGAGGAUUUUGGAGGGGAUGAAGAACGUUCCUAGAACAAAACAAGCUGGAGAUACUCAGACAACAGUUCAGACACAAGAAACUACUCACAAUGCCAACAUACCAGUUGCUUGUGUUCUUCCUCAGCAGCAGCAGCAACAACACCCCAAGAUUCAUCCAGAUGUUCAUGGAAAGAUAGAAUCCACACCAAAGAACACAGUGACACUGCAUCAGCCGUGUGCCAAAGCGCUGUAUGAUUACAUGCCCCAAGAACCUGGAGACCUGGGUUUCAAGAAAGGUGACAUAAUUAUUCUGAAAAAGAGAGUUGAUGCCAACUGGUAUCAUGGAGAGAAGAACGCAAGCCAAGGUUUCUUUCCUGCUUCUUAUGUCCAAGUCCUAACUCCAUUACCCAAUGCAACUGUACCCCAAUGUGUUGCCUUGUACGAUUUCAAAAUGAGUGCCGAAGACGAAAAAGAUUGUCUAACUUUCAACAAAGGAGCUGUAGUGACAGUCAUACGUCGAGUUGACGAAAACUGGGCAGAAGGAAGACUUACUGAACGGAUUGGCAUCUUUCCUAUUUCUUUUGUCGAAAUGAAUAGCGCUGCCAAAUUACUGAUGAAAAUAUCUACAAACUGUCAACCGGGUCCAUCUCGUUCAGCUCCGGCUUUACCCGUCACUACUGCCAAUAUUCAAAAUUCACUCAACAGUAUAACCAAUUCAUCAAUUUCGUCUUCGUCCACUACACCAGCGACCACAAGUUCUGAUUCGUCCCCUUCAAGCGUAACUAAUCGUGUUGUACCUCGUGAAAAGCGUUUCAGCCUCAAUGUCAACCAACAGACGCAUCAAACUCAGUACAACCGUCGAUCAGUGGAAAUAUCAACUCGCCAUCGAGGUUUGACGGUCAGCACAUCGGAAAGUGAACUUCAACCAUUGGUACCGGGUGUCAGUUCACCUCCUCCACCUGGCCCACCGUCAUUCAUGACUCCACCAGCUCUUUAUAUUGCACUGUAUCCAUACAAGCCACAGAAAGCUGACGAGUUGGAACUCAGGAAAGGCGCUUUGUAUACAGUCAGUGAAAAAUGCCAAGAUGGCUGGUUCAAAGGGUCCAGCGUUCGCACACAAAAGAUCGGGGUAUUCCCCGGUAACUAUGUUCAGGCUGUCCGGUCACAGCCACAUACUCAGGUUAAUCCUCCACCUCCGGCGCCAAUCGCUCCUCAGGUUACUACUCCCGUUCGAUCCACCAGCCAGCCAAGCACGAUCCAUCCGCCGCCCAAGCUCCCUCCGCGGGCUCUGAGUCCAGCUGCACAAAAUAUUGGCUCCGUCAUGAGUCCUGUUCUUUCGUCGCAAGGCUACAAACCUAUGUCGGCCAUGACCGGAAGUACGUCUAGCUCGGCAUCAGUUCCUGCAGCGGUCGUGGCACGAUUGGCCACUACUCCUGCUCCUGCCCCGGCAUUAUCUCCUCGGGCCACCACGCUAAUCAGCCCACCUCCCAAUGUAGCCAUAAGUGGAGGUGGAACAGAGCCGGUCGGCGCACCAAACCAGCCGGAAAAGAAAGACAAGGAAAAGUCAAGUGUCAGCUUGAUGAAACGACUAACAUGCCGGAAAAAAUCUUCACCUCCACUCCUGCAUCCGUACUCGAUCGACAACCCAGUUUUUGAAGAUGGUUUUCAAACGCACGUUGUCUCUAAAACAACUUGCCUUACUCCCACUCCAGCUCCCAUACACGUUAGGUCCGGCUCGUGCCCCAGCCAGCUGUUGCAAGUCGUCCCGGGUCCUGAACGUUUGGAACGAGAAGCGGAAACCAGAUCACAGGAAAAAGGAAGGCACUCGAUGGGAGGUUCGCAACGACUUCGCUCGAAUAAACACCGACCCAACAUCCUCCCCGCUUCGGGCAACGUGUCGGUGUUCUCUCGUUCCAUUUCGACAACGACCCCCGCCAGCGCCUCAAGUCACGAAGCGAUGGCUGCGGCUUCCGUUGCUGUUGUCGCCCCCCGAGACAAGAGGGUGAGAAGCCCCGCUUCGCCCGUCGUGAGUGAGAGAUUUCGUUGCAUCACGCCCUACCCACCCAACAGCGAGUACGAGCUGGAAUUGCGUAUCGGCGACAUUGUUUACGUGCACAAAAAGAGAGACGACGGCUGGUACAAGGGUACAUUGCAUCGCACAGGAAAAACAGGAUUGUUCCCUGCCUCAUUUGUUGAAAGUUGCUAAAAAAAAAUCCGAGCCGGAAACGAGUAUUUAAGUUUCUCGCGCCCUCCUUUAUUUCUCAAAAAUCUCCUUUUUUCCUAGAAACGCAGAGUAAAGAGUUUAGAAAUCACGUCCUUCUAUGAUGAACUCUUCUCGAAGAAGAAAACAACAGUGUGCAAUUUAGUGCCUUUAAAAAGAUUCAAUCUUCUCCUUCUCAAGUUGUUGUUUGUUCACUGUUAGAAGCUGAGACUUGUAUGUUGGAAGGAACCGGUAUGUUCACGCUUUCGUUCACAAUUUUUUCUCCCCGUAUAUAAUUGAUUAUGACGUUCAACUUGUUGCUGAAAGAUUUAAACACAAAAAAAACAAAAAAAAAACUGUAAACUUUUUCUCCUCAAUCUGAUUCGCUCUAUUGAUCUUCUCUCCCACGUUCUUCCCCUAGCUUUAGGGCGUUAUAUGUAUUUUCAGUUCAUUUUUUUUGUAUGUUCAAGGUAUACCUGCACACUUAAACUGUCCCUGCUUGAAUGCCUGGUUUUGACGUAUUUAUAUUCGUCUGUUGAUUCUCAUUCAAAUACACUUGAUUCCACU